AGGAUGUUAGCAUGUGCACAGAAUUAUCUUAUUCUUAGUCUUAGUAAUAGUAUCUAUUUUCUGCGUAUAUAAUAGUUUUUAAGAUGACUGCUGUUUGGCAGCAAGUAUUAGCUGUUGAUGCUAGAUAUAAUGCGCACAGAGCCCCAAUGUGCCCUCAGUUUAGAACACUUUAUAUCCGCCGUAGAAGCCAGCUGCUGAGGGACAAUGCUAAGACAGAGCAUGACCCACUAUUGCGCAAGCAGUACUUGCAGAUUCGUGCGAGGCUUCUUGCUGAGAGAUACGGAGUUCUGUGCAACCCCGAUGGAAGUAGUAUCAAAAGCAGGACAGCAAGCUUGAGAGGAAGUAGAGUGAAUCUCGAGAGCGACAGUGAGGAGGCGCGUAACAGAAGGCGAUGGAGCAGCAGCCCACAGAAGCUGAUAGCAGAUACGAAGCAUGAUGAGGGUGUCACGCCUACCAGCGAGGCUGAAGCCAGCAGAGCGAUGGCAGGUGGAGGCACGAUAGAGGAGAACUACGCGUUCGCCGGAGUCUACCACAUCUUCGACCAGCACACGGACGCCGUCACGGCAGUGAGGUUUGCCAACGAUGACAAGUCGCGACUCGCUUGCUGCUCGACGGACGGUGCGCUGUCCGUGUGUCAGCUCGUGCCACCACCGUCCACGGUCAUAUGUGAGGGGAGGGGCCACCAGCAGGGAGUGACAGGAUUUCAGUGGUCUAUAUCGAAUGAUCUGAUCGUGUCCUGCUCGCUCGAUGCUACGGUGCGUCUGUGGCAUGUUGCUAGCGCCACCUGCCUCAGGAUCGUAGAAGACAGUGCAGGUGCACAGAUCCACUCAGUCACAUUCCAGCCAGUCAACAACAACAUGAUUGUCACGGGCAACAGCAGAGGGCUUGUGCAAGUUCUCAACAUUUCAACGGGAAAAUACGCUAAAGGAGGCUCUAGCAAAGCAACAGGGAAGGUCAUGGCCUUGGAAUUUGAACCAACUGGGCGGCUUCUUUGGUCAGGUGAUGACAAGGGUACCAUAUUCUCCUACAUAUUUGACAUGGCAACUGGAAAGUUGACCAAAUCAAAGCGCAUUGUCGCGUGUGAGGGCGCCACUAUCUCUUGUAUAUGCGCUCGCUCAUGGAUCAGUAGAGAGGCGCGAGACCCAUCCCUGCUAGUCAACAUCAGUGCAAACUCGCUUUGCCUCUUCAGGGUGAUGGAUAAGAGCGGUACACUGAAGCUGCGUAGGAGGAUGUCUGUGCGACACCGUUCCUACAACAUACACAGCUCAUUCUGUCCUCUAAUGUCGUUCCGGCAGGGUGCCUGCGUCGUUACGGGCAGCGAGGACAUGUGCGUAUACUUCUUCAACAUCGAGAAGGAAUCGAAGGCAUGCGUGAACAAGCUGCAGGGCCACAGUGCGCCCGUGUUGGACGUCUGCUUCAACUACGAUGAAAGCCUGCUCGCUUCCUCUGAUGCCUCCGGUCUUGUCAUCAUAUGGAGGAGGGAGGAGAAGGGUUCUGCUCUUUGAGCAUGACUUCAUAUGGAGAAAGGAGGGUGUGCGCUGUGAACAUAGUUUCUUGUGAAGGAGGGAGGGUGUGGCGCUGUAAGCAUGGUUUCUUGUGAAGGAGGGAGGAGAAGGGUUCUGCUCUUUGAGCAUCACUUAGCGAGGAGAUGGGAGGAGGGUGUGGCUCUGUGACCAUCGCUUAACGAGGAGAGGGGAGGAGGGUGUUGCUCUGUGAGCAUCACUUAACGAGGAGAGGGGAGGAGGGUGUGGUUCUAGCAUCACUUAACAAGGAGAGGGGAGGAGGGUGUGGUUCUGUGAGCAUCACUUAACAAGGAGAGGGGAGGAGGGUGUGGUUCUAGCAUCACUUAACAAGGAGAGGGGAGGAG